AUGUCUACCCAAAUUAAAAGUAGAAGAAAGAGACCUAGUCUUGUAUGCUGCCACUGUAAAUCCAAAAAGAUCAAAUGUGAUAAAGGUAAUCCAUGUUCGCAAUGUGUGAAAUCAAAGCUAGCAGAUACUUGCUCCUACACGUCCCUGGAUGCCACUAGAAAUGACUACGAGCGUUUCAGGGUUGAUAAGCCGUAUCUUCAAAGUGCCAAAAACCCUAUUGAGAUAAAGAUCGGAAAGACUCAGAAGGAUCCACCGAAGAAAUCAUCAGCCAAGCACCUGAGUGAAUCCGUUGUCGUAGCCAAAUCUGAACUUCAAUUCUUGAAAGAGAGGUUGAUGCAGAUUGAAGAAACCUUAUCUAAAAGUAAAGGUUCUUCUUCAGAAGCAGAUUCAAAAUCGACCAGUCCAUCAGAAUUGGAGGCUGUACAACCCCAAGUAAACACUGCAAGAAUUCCCCAAAACUUCUACAACUUUCUGGCGGGAACUAAUGGUGGUAUGAACUAUAUUGGGCAACCUCCUCAACAGUAUUCACAAAGGAGCUUAAAUAUAGGUGGAUCUCCUCCUCCAACGAUGUUGCAAGGCGAUAGCAGAAGAAUGAGUGUUAGUGGAAUCACUCCGAGCUCCUCUAAUACUUUCCCAUCACCUCAUGACAUUCCAAGUACUCCAUAUAACGUGAAUAUUCAAUUGCCCCCCUUAAGGUGGCGCCAGCAGCAGCAACUUCAAGAGCAACUUCAAGAACAACAACAACAACAGCAACAACAGCAACAACGACCUCAGCCCCAACUACCACCGCAUCAGGCUCAACCUCCACCUAUAAUGCUUCCAAACUCAAAGAAUGGUCUGUAUCUGAGCUCUUCUUCAUAUUCUGCAUCUAUUCCGAAAGACAGCAACUCUGCGUCUUCAGCUACUUCAGCUUCCUCGGUGGGAUCGCCAUUUAUUCUAAAAGAGGCUGACACACCAAAUGGGAAUGGACAAAAAUAUAACCUUCAGGAUCUUUGUUUAGCAACGGAAUUGAGUAAAAUCAAGGGUAUCAAUCCGUACCUCAACACUGAUGAAAGGAUUAAUCUUUUCGAGAACUACACAUCAAUUCACGUAAAAGAUCCAUUUCGUCGUAUUACCUAUGGUCCUUUUGCUUGGUCUUCACUUAUGAAGCGUGACAAUGGAUUGAGAAUGCUUUGGGACUACAUGAUAAAGAAGAAAGAGAGUUCCAAAGAGAGUAAUGCAACAUUUGUUUUCGCAGAGCAGACUUCAGAGAUCACGCAAGUAAACACUGACGUAUUGGUAGGUGAAAGCAAAGAAGAGGGCCCAAAUGAUGUUGAAAAUGCAUUCCAUAGGCGUGCAUUGGAGCCAGAUGGAUUAGGUGACGUUCUACCAUAUAACAGUCUAUUAAAAUUACAAAAGGAAAAGCAGGAAGCAGAGGAAGAUAAACAAAAAGGUUCAAAAACAAGUAAGAACAUGGGAGAAACAACUGCAGCAGCUGCGCGAACAACUUCAUUACUACAACUUGGUUUGACUACAAAAGGUGGGAAAUUGGGUAGAGAAUUAGCGCUUAUUGAUAAAAUACAACUUAUACUUCCAAAAAAGAGGGUUAUUUGGAAGUUGUUGGAUAGAUAUUUUACUUGGUUGUACCCCUUCAUGCCCUUUUUAGAUCAUGAUUGUUUUAUGCAGAAUAUUCAUGAAAUUUUGGGACCCAGAAGCUAUGAAGAUGUUAACUCUGGGUUUAUAAGAAUAGAAAAAAGAUUGGAUUUAGGAUAUGUGGGCAUUCUUUUAGUUGUCUUAAGACUUGCUUACCUUUCACUCUUCUCUAACAAACUGUCUAUUAAUUCGGAAAAAUUGUUUGCAGAUGAUUCUUCAAUCAAGGCAGAAGAUAUGAAAUAUUUAUAUUCAAACCCGAUCAACAUUGAUGUUGUCGAAGUAGCACAGCUAUGCCUAGACCAAUUUCAAAUUUUUAGAAGCACUAGUAUGACCGUAUUACAGCUUGCAAUUUUCUUAAGAAUAUAUCACACUUAUGCUCCCGAGGAUGGUGAUGGAGCUGAUGGAGGCGAUUCUCAGGUUUUCGGAGCUAUGUUAAUUCAGAUGGCUUAUAGUUUAGGAUUACAUAGGGAACCCGAUAAUUUUCCCGACGUUUGCAAUAACCCUAAGAUAAAUCAUCUUGGAAGAAAGAUAUUCCAUUUUCUUUGUAUCAUGGAUAUACACCAAUCUUUUACAUUCGGAAAUCCAUUGUCUAUUGAUUUGAGUUUUUAUGACGUGAAAUUACCAUUCUUCGAUAAAGACGCAUCUAACAUUCCCAAUACUAGUUUUGAUAAGAUUGUUACGGAACAACUAGCAAAAUGUUGGUCUAUGUACAGCAUUAUUCCUAUUUUGCAUAAAUUAUUGAAUGCUAAAGAUGGUUGCAACGUAUCCGAGGUAUGUCAGCAAUUGGAAGUUUUUGAAAUCGAUAUGAUUAGUCUUCAUGGAACGGUAAGGGACUGCUUUGACGAACCUUUGGCUUCAGAUACCCAACCUCAAAUUUAUUUGAGAAAUUACAUGACUAAGUUCUACUUAUCCAUAAAUGCUUUUUUCAUGACGGUAUACUUCCAUUUCUACUUAUAUUAUGAACCAAAGUCUGAAGAUCUUUCGUUUUAUUACCUUAAAAAGAUGUUACUCAUUACUACUGGUGAAACUAUGCCUCAUUAUUUCGACCUUUUGGGAAACAAGGAAUAUAUUUGUGAUAUGAUCAUUAAUCCUACUCUUGAGCAAUUUAUUCACAAGGCAAAUCAGUUGAAUAUAGCACUCCUUGUUAGGGUUAAUUUCAUACUCUAUCAUUAUUCUCGUCAAAAAGAUCAUAUGCAGAAGUACGAUACAGAUGCCAACUAUCACCAAAUUAUUAAUGACAUAAGUGUGUGUUCAAGAUUGCUCAAGCGUAGUGUUGAAAUUUCAAUUUCUGCAAUUUCAAAGUUAAGUAACAGAUACUAUUACGCAUGGAGAAUCACCAAAGGUCAUACUUAUUUACUUAAAACAGUGAAUGAUGUGAAAUUUUAUGACGAGAACUAUUCCAAAGCUGGGAACUUGUGUUUCCCUAUUUAUACUCCUGACCAAAUUCAAUUGUUCAUCACUAUAAUGAAAAAAUCAGUUGAAAAAUUUGAUUAUGUGGAGGAAUUAGUACCAGAUUUCUGCCCUUGUUUAAGUUUGCCAGAAUCUAUAUUAGAGAUCAGGAGAAAAAUGGCUCCGGUUUCCACAUCAGAUUAUAAGGUCCCUGAUUUUGAUAAGGAUUUUGUUAACGAUGCUGAUAUAGAUCUGCUUUGGUUCCAAAUGAUAUCAAAGAAAUAUGAUAACAAUUUGAACCAGGAUCCAUAUGCCGCGGCCCUGCAGGAACCAAGUCAAUUUGCUAACUACAAUGGCAACUCCAAUGAACCAAUAGGAAAUUUUGGCAAUUCGACUUGGAUGAAUACUGGAGUAACGUCUAAUAAGAAUGAUACUUAUGUAAACACUAAUAAUGUUAAUGGCAGAGGAGAGAAUAGGAGCAAUAACGACAACAUAUUGAAUGGUAAUAAGGGAGCAUCAAAAACGACUGGUAAAAAUUAUGAUGUUCGUCAUGGUUUCGAUUUGGAAGAGAUGGCCAGAUUUGAUAUAUUUAAUGAUUUACCAUUUGAUCAAGUAUUCGCCAAGAACCCAUCAAACUAG